CAUUCUCUGGCUGCUCAGGCUGAAGGCAGCGGCAAGAACAGCUCGUAGGAGCCGCUUGCGAUCAUGGCUGCUGCGGUGGGGUGGAAGAGCCUCUCGCCCGCGGCGUCCAGCUAAUCCCCGGAGGGCGCGAUGGAGCCCAGUGGUCUCGGGGAGCCACCGAAUCUGAUGCAGUUCCUGCGGAAACUCAAGGAAGUCUUCGAUGUGUGUGAUGAGGACGCCGACGGCUUCAUCCGAGUGGAGCAUUUCGUCGCCCUGGGGCUGCAGUUUGGCCAAGGGGAUGAGGUGGAAAAAUUUGCCAAAUACUUGGAUCCAAAUGAUUUGGGCAAGAUCAACUUCAAAGAUUUCUGUCAUGGAGUGUUUGCUAUCAAAGGCUGUGAAGAGUUAUUGAAGGAUGCUUUGUCGGCUGAAAGCCUCGGGCCUCGGCACUACGAGACAGAAUAUGAGGAUUAUUACUAUCAGGGUGCUGAAAUCCAAGAGGGUGGCUAUUUGGACACUGAAAGUGCAUACAGCGAGUCCUUUCUCUUUCCUAAUGCAGACAACAUGACCUUGGCCCAGCAGGAGGUCCACCAUGAGUCUGAUAUGGACAGUGCCAUUGAGAGUGCUCACAGCUCAGAAGCGUUGGAUGUCUGUAGGAGUGAGGAGAAGGAUGGUGUCCUUGGUGGCCUCUUCUUGCCUGGAGAUAAGUCAAGCCCCCUCAACCCUUCUGCAGCAUCUGACCUUUCAACCUAUUCCACUGCCUCUUUGAUUAGUAAUGAAGAACAGUUUGAAGACUAUGGAGAAGGGGAUGAUGUGGACUUUACUCCCAGUAGCCCUUGCCCUGAUGAUGAAAGCAGAACAAAUGCUUACUCUGACCUUGGCUCAUCCGUUUCUUCCAGUGCUGGCCAGACCCCAAGGAAAAUGAGGCAUGUUUAUAAUAGCGAGCUGCUGGAUGUCUACUGCACACAGUGCUGCAAAAAGAUCAACCUGCUUAAUGACUUGGAAGCCAGACUGAAAAACCUAAAAGCGAACAGUCCAAACAGGAAGAUAUCUAGCACAGCUUUUGGAAGACAGCUUUUCCACAACAGCAACUUCAGCAGCAGCAAUGGCAGUACAGAGGACUUGUUCAGAGACAGCAUAGAUUCGUGUGAUAACGACAUAACGGAAAAGGUGACAUAUUUAGAGAAGAAAGUGACAGAACUGGAAAAUGAUAGCAUGACAAAUGGUGACCUGAAGAGCAAAUUGAAACAGGAGAACACACAGCUAGUCCACAGAGUUCAUGAACUGGAAGAACUACUGAAAGACCAAGAGACAUUAGCUCAACAAACUCUGGAAGAAGAGAUAAAGAGGCACAGAGAAGCAUACAGCAAGUAUGAAAAAGAGAAGAGCACAGAAAUUGAACUGCUAAAUACAAGGGUUCAACUGCUUGAUGAAGAAAACUGUGAGCUCACAACCACAGUCUUACGACUGAAGUCUCAAACUGAGAAACUGGAUGAGGAGAGGCAGCGGAUGUCAGACAGAUUAGAAGAUACCAGUCUGAGGCUCAAAGACGAGAUGGAUUUGUAUAAAAGAAUGAUGGAUAAACUGAGACAGAACAGGCAGGAAUUUAACAAGGAAAGAGAGGCUACCCAGGAGCUUAUUGAGGAUUUGCGGAAGGAGCUGGAACACCUGCAGUUGUACAAGCUUGAAUGUGAGCGGCCUGGCCGAGGCAGGAGCUCUUCCUCUAGCUUGAGCGAAUUCAAUGCAAAGACGAGAGAAGUGGAAAUGGAGCAUGAAAUUAAGCGGCUAAAGCAGGAGAAUCAGAAACUCCGUGACCAGAAUGAUGACCUUAAUGGGCAGAUCCUUAGUCUUAGUCUUUAUGAAGCCAAAAACCUUUUUGCAACACAGACGAAAGCCCAGUCGUUGGCUGCGGAAAUCGACUCUGCCUCCAGAGAUGAGGGCGAUAUUGUGAAGGAGUUUUUGCAUGGGAACAGGGGAGAACAGCAGAAGAUGCAAGAGGUUUCUAAGGUUUAUGAACUUCCAGAACCUCUAAAGCUCAUGGAAGCCCUUAAAGAACAGGAGGAGAUCAAUUACAGGUUGCGCCAAUACAUGGACAAGAUCAUCCUAGCCAUUCUAGACCAUAACCCCUCCAUCUUGGAAAUCAAAAACUGAAGACCUGGAGCAGGAAGGGAAACAGGCAGAGACAUGUACCUGAUAACAUGCCACUGGAUCCAAACACCACUCUGCUACUGUAAAUGAACCUAUAAAUAUAUAUAUAUAUAUAUAUUAGAGAGAGAGAGAGAACUUGUGUGGAUACACAGGACAUGUUUAUAUGAGGUUUGGUACACUUUGUCUGUGAAUCAUAAUUUGGCUUGGUCAGUUUUCAUGCACUUUCACCACUUGGGGGGAAAAAGACUGUUACUGGAUUGUAAUGAAAUAACCGUGUAACUGGAUUUGCACUGUUUUAAGAUACUGGACAAAAAAAUGACACUACCUCUAGUUGCAAGGAUAAAAGACAAUGGAAACCAAUUGCGUGCCAAUUCUCCUCCUCCACCUCAUACCUUCCCCCUCACUCCCUGUGAAUAAUAUUGAGUUUCAUCUCUUAUCAGUAGUCCUCCCUCAUCUUCCCCAAAAUAUGUUGCAUGUCCAGACUGAAUUCACUGGUGCUGACUACGUUGUUUUAGCUUUUGCUGGAGUUGUGCUACUGAAGCCACAAGAAGAUAAGCAACGUCUGCUUCUCCAAAAAGAAUGUAUGUAUGAUACAAAGGGGGAAAGAGAACUUUAGAGAAUUGUUCGAUAUUUUUAAUUUCUUUCUUUGCCUCUUUCAGCAGAAAGCACUUUUGGUAUCCAACCGUUCUGGCUAUUGAUUCUUUAGAAUGGUUGGUGGUCUGCAGUAUUGCACAUAUUGUAUGUGCAAGCAUACAUGUGUGUAAAUGUGUUGCCAGUGUACUCCUGAGCUUCACCUCUGAGAAUCUGUUUUCCUUAUAUCUUUUUGUGCUUCAAGUUUAUCAUCAGACCCCCAAAGGGUUGCUGCCCUAGCUUGGGUUUCUAACUGCACCAGACAAGAAAUACAGGCAGACUUUGGGCUAAGAGAAUUUCACUGUACUGUAAAAAUGUGGAAUGGCCACAGAGGACAACUUAGUCACCCUAUAAGGCAGAGGCAGGCAACAUACGGCUCUCCAGAUGUUGCUGAACUACAACUCCCAUCAUUCCCCAGUUUCCUCACAGCUGGGGAAGAUAGGGAUUUGUAGAUCAGUAACAUCUGGAGAGCUGCAUGUUGCCUGCCCCUGCUCUAAGGGCUGCAAGCGUUUCAUGGGUAGGGGCUCUGUGUAGCCAUCUUGACAAGCAGGGAUCCAACAGGUUUUUGUUUGUUUUUGGUACAGCUGCAUCUCAGUGCUUGCAAGAGCUUUCCCUGCUGAUAUCUGCCUGUUACACACUCAUUAAGGGCAGAAAGCCCUUAAAGGUACACAUUAAUUGAGAAAAGGUGGCAACCCUGUGUCCAUUACUUGACUAAACAAGCAUUCGUUGACUUUUAGGUGGUCUUUGACCGAAAUGAACUCUGUUGCACAACAGAGUUAAAAUAGCACAUGUGUUCCCUCUCUCUCUCUUUCAGUGUUGCUUCAAUGUUGAAAGAGAACUUGGCUACAUAUUACAAAAUUCACUCCAGGUGGUGGUGCUCUUGCUGUGUUUUGUGAGUCCUAGAAAACGGAGACAAUUGUAUGCUUGUUUGGUAGGUGACCACUCCGGGAGCAGUCACCCGCACCAAGCCGCACAGUUUGUCCAGGGUUAUUGAGAAGCUGCUGCUGCUGCCUCUGCAGUCUGAGAGCACUCUCCACUUCCUUCUGUAGUUAAAAGGCAGUAGUUAAACACAGUCAUCCAGUUCUUCACUGUGUUUUUCAGCCCAGUCCAUAUGAAAGCCCACCCACCCCCCAUCACCCUGGCAUACUGUAGGGACAUCAGUAGGGAAGUGGUGGCAUGUGCAUAGACUAAAGUGGCAACCGGGUUUGUCUGUUCAGUGAAGAGAUGCCUCGUCAGGACCACUUCAUACAUGCUUCAUUCCCUGGACAGAAGGUGCUUCUGUGUAGGGAAGUAGCAUGCACCCUGCAUGCAUAUUGUUGCAUAUGACGAUCACACACAUACAUAUGUGCACAUAGUGCAAUACGAACAUUUAUUUAUAAGUAUAAAGAUCACAUGUGGUGGCCUACAUGCAGGUUUCAUGCUGUUUUCUACACCAAAGUGUUACGUGUAGAAAAUGCAUAAAUUUCAAGGAUAACUGUCUUUCUUCAUUUAUAUUGAAUUUUUCCCCUCCCUAACUGAUCACAGCCUACCGUUCCAUGUUAAAACAUUUGGAUUUUAAACAUGCACUAAAUUUAAUCGGUAUAACUAAUUCUUAGGCAAGGAACUGUAACUACCAAAAAUAAAUUUGAAAGGCUGAAUCUGUUGGUAUUACUCACUUGGAUCUUUUAUUCUAAAUACUAAAAAUAUUUUAAAAGGAAAAUUAUAAAAGUAUUCUAAAUACUAAAAAUAUUUUAAAAGCUUCUCUCUCCUUCUUACAAACUAUAUUAACCACUUAGAAGAAACACUUCCAAAUCUCUUCUGAUUUCUAGGCAUGUGGAGAUUGUCCUGUGAGGAGAGGUCUUCUGUGGCUAAGUACUCCACAUUUGAACAAACUUUUUACUUUUCAGCCCACUCCUUAUGCUGUUGGCUGUUUGUCAGAAUUCUGUUUCCCUCUGUUUAUGUGGAGAAGAGAUGGGAAAUAAGCACAGAGACGUCUGCCUUUCUUUAAAAUGUAAAAUUGGUUAGGGAUGAGCUGUCUGAUUGUAAGCAACCUGAUAUUAUUCCAUGUGCUGAUAGCAUUUAUGGUGGACAUGUGAAAUCUUGUGUUUAUGCCUAGCCUUUGUUGUUGAGAUAGGAUUAGAAAUGUGUUGACUGUAUGUUGGUAGAAGGCUCAAGAUGCAAGCAGAGCUUGGGGAUUAUUUGCCAAAGUCAGUCUGGGGUUUUGGUGCCUUGAAUCCUCCUUGGUGUCCUGGCCUUCCUCCAUAGCUACAGAUUACUUUUCCAGUUUAAUGACCAAUCCUGUGGCUUGAAUGCAGCUGGGUCCUAGCAUUAGAUGCAUUCAUGUGAAUCAGUUGUCCUAGAGUAAUUCUUGGUUCUCCCAUAGCACUCCAAAGCAAUGUAUUAGGAUCUCCUUGGUAUCAAACAACUCCAAGACAUCCAUGGCAAAUCUUCCAAAUUACAGAUGGUCUAGAAACAAAAUCACCAAUUAUCCUCUUUGGAAAUAUAUUUGGAACAUAAAAUUUUGAAAAUAAAUUUGGAACAAGGAAAGACCAAAUGUUGGGUACAGCAACAUUCAGGGAGCAAGCAUAGCAGUGCAUAAUUCUGUAAAAAGCAAAGAAGGUUCUGGGUUGACCAUGUAUUUUUCACAACAGGGAAGAAGGUACAUGGUGUGGUGGUUUCCCUUGAAUUGGCUAAUAAAGUAAAAUCUUAAUACAUGAAGCUAAAUUCCAUAUAAGCUUAAUUCAGGUGAGUGCUGCCAUGUACAUUGUGGUGAUGCCUUAACGGGCCACCUUGCUGGUAGUUCAAAAUACAUCUGGCCCUUGUUAUUCACUGGGGUUCCAUUCUUGCCUACAGGCAUUAAUAUGGAAACCGUGAAAAACAAAACCUCGAAUCAGUAGGAAUAGGGGGGGGGGGUUUAGGUUCCUAACGAAAGAGGGGAAAAGGGCCAAAAACAAGAGUGGCAGAAAUAAGAGAAGAAAAGGACAGUAUCUUAUUCUCCAACAAUUCCCCCUCCCAAUCCUGAAAGUGGUUGAAUAUUUACCUUUUUUUUUUUUUUAAGAACCAUAAAAUGGCUUUUUGUUGGAAAAUGGUGGCCGGAAAUGAUAUCAGAAGUUAUUUCUGAUCACUCGACACCUAUUUUUCUAUCCACAGAUAAUGAAACUGGGUCUCUAGAACCCAAUCACAGAUACGCAAAACCGUGGAUAUGAAGUCUGCAGAUAACGAGGGUCACCUGUAAACAACAAAUUAGUGUGUGAAUAUGUUCUAGCCACCAGUAUUCCUGCUAAAGUGUGGGCACACACAUUUUUUAUGUCCACUCAGUUAAUUUUAGAUACCACUCAAUGGACUGGGAAGGUCCCACUCUGAAUAUAUGUGUGCACACACUGCCAUCCAGAACAAAACUCAUUCUGCACACUGAUGAAAAAUAUUAGAGAGAACACUGAUUGCUACCUCCUGAGACAGAGACUCUGCAUAUUUCUGUAAUAGCUCCAUAUCAGAAGAAUAUGCUUCAAGUGUUGAUUCUCUUACUAGGUGCCACCUGCCUUUCCUUUUCUCCCACCUGUUGUUGUAUCAGUUGUAGCAUUUCCGAUCUGCAAUGAGGUGGGCAGGUAGAAGAGAGGUUUCGAGACUAACGGGAAAGAUAUUGGCAAAAUCAAGACAGCCCUGCCCCUGCUCCCCAUUAAAAACUUGAACUAGAGUUGUAUCAAUAUCAAAAGACAGGACUGGUGGAACUUGGUAAUAUUAUAUAAAAAUCUGACAUAAACUUUGUAAUAGUAACAAAACAUUGUGUUAACAAAAGAACUUUCAGAAAAUCUGUUGGAUCUUUCUUUAAUUAUGGUUUCGACAGAGUGAGAAUAGCAAAUGUGUUAGUACUUCAAAAUUAAGCUUCCUAAUGCCGACUAUUACUUUUACUUGCAGCACCAUUUAAACUUCUCUGAACAUCACCUCUGCAUUUGACACUUCAAUCUGAAUUUGGUCCAUCACAUCACUGCUUCCUUUUUAGUCACACAGUCAUCGUAAAAAUCAGAUACAAUGCUGAAUUAUUAUUUUUCAGUGCACAUUAAGGGGAUCUGCAAAAUGGUGAGCAUGGGCUGAAGCCAUUACUCUAUCCCUUUAAUGGUCUUUGGAAUGAAAGAUCUUUUUUAAAAGCAUAUUGCACGAUAUCCACUCUGCGUAAACAAAAAAGUGUGAUUAGUAUCCAGAUUAAUGCUACACCUGCAUAAAUUCCUUCCAUGAACAGAAUUAGUACUGGCACAUAUCUAGAUAUUGCCCACUUUUUUCAAGUGAACACAGGAAGCUGCUUUAUACUGAGUCGGACCAGUGAUCCAUUGAGCUCAGUUUUAUGUACAAUGAUUGGCAGUGGCUCUCCAGGAUUUCACAAGGGUCUUUCCCAGCUCUAAUUGGAGGGGUCAGGGAAUGAACCAUGGACUUCUGAAUACAAAGCAUGUGCCCUGCCAUUGAGCUAUGCCCCCAAGUGUUACACUGACCACUCUUGAUGGUAGAUAAAGUGUUCUCUAACUAUAGCAUAUGUCCCAACACUUCCAGUGAUUUUUCAGUAUAGGAGCAUGCUGAUUUCAUUCACAUGGGCUAACAGGGCUGGUGGAAGCAGAAUGAAUUUGCAAGUUUGAUUUCAUAGAGGUUUUAACUGAGUCAUUUAUUCUUUAGAAGUUGAAGGAAUCAGGUACGUUGAGAUUUGAGAAGAAUGAGGGGAGAUGUUGGAAGAGAGAAACUGCUUGCUUUAGCUGGGGGGCAGAAAGUGAAGUAAUGAGUGGAAACUGCAGGAAGAAUUUUAAAACAUUGAGAAUAACAAUUCUGACUUGGAGGACAGGGGAGAUGUUGGGAGAUGUUGCAGGAAAUAUUUAAAUUAGAGUGGGUAAGCAUGUGUCUGAGAACGCUUAUGUUGGGUUAUACCAGAUUCAUUACAAGGAGGUGGAUGUUGACUUGGGGGGCCUUAACCCAAGACCUUUAUUCAAGACAAUCUUUAAAUGGGCUUUCAUGAUUAACAUGCCAAUGUUUUUGUCUAUGUUCAGCUAUCGAUGUUUAUGAUGUUGCACAGAGAUACGGAUGAUUUUUUUUCCCCCAUGGCCAACUGUCUUCUGUGGUACCUGAGUGCCUUUGACUUUGUGCAGCUGGCCAUUUUUGAAGGGUGGGAGAGGUACUUCAAUGGCUGGUUAUCAGUGCAGCUUUUAGAUUCCAGCAAGCUAUGCUUGUCUCUGGUCCUGUGUUGGAAAUGGCUCCCCAAACAGGAGCAAUUUCCAAAUAAUGGGUUAGAGCCAGCAGAUAUUGGAAGGCUUGUUGGCAGGUCAUCAGAUGGGGAUUGGGUGCCUUGCAUACUAUAUAAUGCACAGUUAGGGAAAUGAGAGGAACCAACACUGCCAAAAGAAAACAAAAUUUUGCAGGGAAUUCUAAAACGUGGGGUGGGGGAAUUUGCUAAGCUAUGUACAUAUGAGGAAAGGUUGAAGAAGAUGAGUUUAAUUGGGGGAGAGAAAACUGAGGGGAUCCAAAUAAUACAUACCAGAGGGUUGCCUUAAGUAGGAUAGUGAUGCGUCCAGCUCUGUGUCUGCCAUGGGCAAGGAAAGAAAGAAAAAUCAAACUGCUGCCCAAAACAUUGAGGUGGUUUAUUGCGUAGAACAUUCUAAUUGUAAGAGAAACAUGUUGCCAACUGGAUUAUAGAAUCCUUAUCACUGGGAGUCUUAAAGAGCAGGCUUGGCAAAUGAUUGGUGAGUGCAAGCUAUGAAGCAGGAGAUGUAGCUGGGUGAUCUCCUAAAGUUUGUUCCAUUCAAGAGGUCCAUCACUGGAGAGGAAGGUGGACUGGUGCUUUUCUCUCCCACAAAGGUGCCUUAGGUAGAAUUCCUGUUGCUGACUGAGUAUUGACCCAUCAGGUCCCAUCCAUCUGUAUUUGUUCAUGAUUCUGUGAGCUGGUUCAGAUUGUACUGAAUGGUUAGACUCUUGCAAAUAAUAGCACUUGAGCAGACUGACGGAAAGGAGUGGUAAAAGAUUGCAACUCCUCGUCCUUGCUAUUUUUCUAGUUUCGGAGGAGAAGCUGUAAUCUUGUAAAACCUCCUUUCUCUGGCACUGCAAUAUCGUCUGAACCCACUGAUCCAGGACGAUGGCAAAAGGUAUUCCUGGCUUAUUUGACUUCCCAUUCUGUGAAGAGAUCUUUAAUCCAGUCUGCAGGGAGGCUGUUGGUGUAAUUCAGAGACCAACUGUAACCCAGCUUUAGGUUUUAAGUCUGUGGUGCAAUGCUUUUCUACUCCACAAUACAGAAACUCAUGUGCUAGACUGAAAGGUCAUUCAUAUGACCCAGAACAGCAGAGUCGGGGAGGGCUAGGGGGAAGGUAGGAGUGCUCUUACCUCCCCCACCCCAAUCUCUCUUCUUGGGGCCGCACAGCUCAUGUGCCCACACUAGCUGUGCUCCCCGGAGUCACAUAGCCAUCUGGAGGCUGGGGAAAUGUAGCCUGGUCUCCAGGAAUCCCACAAUGCACCUCACAAGGAGCACAGUGCAUUGCGGGAUUUCCCUGCAAGCUGGGCACUCCAGGCACCCAGCUCUGUAGCUGCUCGGGCUGCAGGCCGCCCAAGCAGAAACACAACUGGGUACCAAGGUAGAAGGGUGCGCUUGCACCCUUUAACCUUGGUAAUAGCCUGGGAGGGAACUCAGACUCCCUGGUUGGGUAGUGCGGGGCAGCAUUCCACACGAGCAGCCCUGCCUGAGCUGUGCAAGCCUGGGUAGGGCUGCUGGUGUGAACAGCCUUAAGAGUGUCAGUAUGGUGGGGGCGGGUAGGGUAACUUCAGGGUGCUUGUGGCCCUCCCACAACUAGAAAUGGGUGGGAAGAAGAGAGAAGGAGAAACUGCCAAUCAUGUUUUCUAUACUUUGGGGGUCAGAAUUUUAAUGUGUUUGCUUGGUUGGACAUCUGCUGAUGGAGCUUCAGGUGUGUAUGCUAUACAGACACAGUCCCCUUGAGCCAGGAGUGUGCACAGAAUGCCACGCAGAAUGGGGCAGAUAUGGUUAGAAUAAGUAACAGACUAGCAAAUGUUGGCGAAAGCAAGCUGUUCGUUUUGGCAUGAGUGGAUGGGUUGAUGCAUUAGUGGUUACUAAGCCAAAGGCCUGAGAGGUUUUUUAAACUGUGAAAAGGAUACCUGCGUCUGUGAAUAGCAACAAGUUGCCAUUGGUGGUAUAAAACAAUGUGGACCAUAUUGGAAAUCUCAGUUAAGACACAUUCACUAUAGCAAAACUUCCAUGGGUAUUAUGGUGCUGACUUGAUAUGACUAUUAUGGAUGUAGUAGAGUGGUUAGACAGGAAUGCCCAAAAGAAAGGAGACUUUGGCACUGUGAUGCUCUGAACGAUGGAAUACAGGAUGUCUAGCAAUCUCCUGUGUCUGUCAUUUAAACCUGUCACGAGACUUGGGAACUGAUAUUCAAAUCAGCAGGGAUAUGUAGAUUAUAUAGCCAUGCAUAUGUAUUUGUGUGACCAAACUCCCAGGUAUCCCCAGGUUCAUUGAGCUACAGUGACACAGGUUGAGUCAGAGUUUAAAAACAUUUCAUGUACUUAAACUUGUGCGAGAGAGUAGAUAACAGAAUUUGAAAAUAUGUUAAUUUCAUGUCUGAUUUGCGGAGUGCUAGGCUCUCCUUCACUGGAGGUUUUCAAACAGUCUGGGCAGCCAUCUGUCAGGAAUGUUAUAGCAGAAGACCUCCAGGGUUCCUUCCAGCUCUGAAAUUCCAUGAUUCUGAAAGUUUUGAUUUGGAUUCUGAAAACCACAACCUUAAUUUUCAUUUUGAAACUCCAGUGAGGAGCUUGGCAGCCAGAAGCAAGCUUUGGACCUAAGUAGUGUGAGAUGCAGCAAAGGUCAACAUUCUGGCUGCUAACAUCUAGGUGUUGCCAUUCGUGUGGGAAUGGUAGCAGAUGAAACUGAUUUUGGAAAAUCUAUCAAAAUAUUGCCCUUGUCCACACUUCUUUUCCAGUUCUAGCAAAGCUGUGAGUACCAGGGAAACAUCUUCACACACUGCCAAGAGAAUGGGGGAAUGCUGCAACAUUUCCAUUCAGCUGACUGUAAUCCUAACCAUGCAUAUCUUCGGUGUAAUCCCUUGGCUUUAUUAUUUCUCACCUUCACUUGUAAAACCAACCCUCUGCCCUUUGAAGCUAGCAGGACAGGGGAAAAUAAGCAGCUUCAGCCCAUGUGUGAAACACACACACACACACACACACACACACACACACACACACACACUCUCACUCACUCACUCACUCACACUAGUUAUUCUACAAGGCAGGUCAUACUGUACAUUGCACUUCCAGUAUGUUUCAGUAUUGAUAAUAUACUGAGAAUUACUGUAAACUUCUAUCAUGGGAGCCAUUAGUUUUGCUUUGUUGCACAGAUUGUACGUAUGAGUAACAGUUUUUAAAAAAAUUGUUUUGCAUGAUUCUAGUUUUUAGUAUUUGUGCCUUUGACUUGCCUGUCAUAAGUGUGUACAGAUUUCUUUUUUCACAUUUGAUCAGCUCUUUGCCACAGGUUUUAUAUAUUUUGAUAGUCAUUUACUGUUUGAUUUUGUUCAUUCUUCUUCUGGCAUUUGUUUUCCAGUCUCUUGUAAAUGUGUAUAUAUGAAAUAGAACCGGGUUUGUAUUUCAUGUGCCUCAAUAGGAUGUAAACCACACACACAAAUAUUCAUUUUGUACAGAUUUUUUCCUUUCUCUUCUCUUAGAAGCACUAAUUCUUGUCUUGAGUAUUUAGCAACUGGAAAAUAACUAGAUAUGUCUUAUUUCAGAAAUGUGUUGAAUGGAAGGAGUAACUCUCUUGUCUUUUUGUAAAAGCAGUGUCACACACACAAGCAAACAAUGCUGUAAUCCUUCCUGGUUUGUUGUCUUAUUUAUGGGUUACAUCUAUUUUGUCCAUUUUUAGAGUCUGGAACAAAUUAAAUUGAUGGCUUACCCUCCCAAACCAGAAAUACAGUUUAUUCACUUUAA